AUGAACAAGGAGUAUGUGAGGGUGGACUACCCAUCGUAUGCUGCCAUUGAGCUGUCGUGCACUUCCGCUGAUGACCCGAUUGUACAUGCUAUGAUGCGAGUAUACGUUCAGAUUGCCUACACCAACACUGAGCUUGAAGACUCCGAUAUCUGCGCUAAGCAAGAGAUGAAAUUUAAGCCUGGGGAGUUAAAGGCCUUCCGGAUACUUUCUGAGAACGGUGCAAUCUCAAGUUUCACUCCUCGUCAUCUCUGCGAUCACAAAUCUAAACAGGAUACCUCGGGCCUGCCGCCUAGUGCCUAA